CCAGCAGACUAGGUCGUAUCUCCUGCAGGAACUGGGUGUCCUAGCAGACUAUAAAUCUCCACAUUUCGUGAUCUGCUAAACACAAAUCGACUCCAGCCAUGACCACUACCAGCAUGAAGCUCAUUUUGUCCAUCCUCCCCAUCCUAAUUGUAGGGUUUAUACCAGAACUAAGCACCGGUAAUGACCACAGGCACUUCGCCUACACUGGCUUCGCCAACAGCAACCUCACCCUAGACGGCGCAGCUAGAAUCACGUCGACCGGCGUCAUCGAGCUGACAAAUGAUACAGCCCGGAUCAAGGGCCAUGCAGUUUACCCAUCUCCACUGCGCUUCCGCCUGUCCCCUGAUGGCAUGGUGCAGUCCUUCUCUACCUCAUUUGUGUUUGGUAUUCUCUCUUCAUUUGGCGACAUAAGGGGCCAUGGCUUUGCCUUCUUCAUUGGCCCAAGCAAUGAUUUCACUGAAGCUUUUCCAAUCCAAUUUUUGGGGCUUUUCAACUCCACAAACAAUGGCAGUUCGAUCAACCAAAUCUUUGCAAUUGAGCUUGACACCAUCCAAAAUACUGAGUUUGGGGACAUCGACAACAACCAUGUUGGAAUCGACAUCAACAGCCUCAACUCUUUGAUAUCCAACACAGCUGGUUUCUACAAUAACGGUAAGAAUGGCAUGUUCACAAACCUACCCCUCAUUGGAAGUGGGCCAAUCCAAACUUGGGUAGAGUAUGAUGGAAACACAACACAGAUCAGUGUGACCUUAGCUCCUCUUGGCAUGGAAAAACCUAUGAGGCCACUCCUCUCUUUACCCUUCAACCUCUCCACAGUUCUAAAAGAGGAAUCAUACAUUGGCUUCUCGUCUUCGACAGGCUUAUCUACUGGGCAUCACUGUGUUCUUGGAUGGAGUUUUGGCAUGAAUAGUCCUGCUCCAAUAAUCGACUCCACCAAAUUACCCAAACUACCUUAUCUUGGCCAAAGAUCUCCAUCUAAACUCUUAGAGAUCAUUCUACCAAUUGCCUCUGCAGUUUUGGUAUUAGCUAUUGGCACUGUAGCUGUUAUACUUGUGAGGAGACAUCUUAGGUAUAAGGAGGUACACGAAGAUUGGGAGGUUGAGUAUGGUCCACACAGAUUUGCUUACAAAGAUUUAUAUCGUGCCACCAAAGGAUUUAGUUCCAAGAAUUUGAUAGGGAUAGGUGGGUUUGGAAGGGUGUACAAGGGAAUUCUUCCCACAUCCAAGUCAGAGGUUGCAGUAAAGAGGGUAUCGUAUAGCUCGAAGCAGGGGAUAAAACAAUUUGUUGCUGAAGUGGUAAGUAUGGGGCAUCUUCAACACAACAAUGUUGUGAAAUUAUUUGGGUAUUGUAGGCGAAAAGGUGAACUCCUUCUAGUGUAUGAUUAUAUGGAGAAUGGAAGUCUUGAUAAGUACUUGUGCGGUGAGGAGGGCAGGACCACCUUAGAUUGGGGACAAAGGUUUAAAAUUAUCAAAGGAAUCGCAUCGGGCUUGCUCUACCUUCAUGAGGAAUGGGACAAAGUUGUCAUCCAUCGUGAUGUCAAGCCAAACAAUGUGCUUCUUGAUAAAGAGAUGAAUGGACGACUCGGAGAUUUCGGCCUCGCGAGAUUGUAUGAUCAUGGCACCGACCCACAAACUACACAUGUUGUUGGCACAAUAGGAUACCUAGCCCCAGAGCUAGUACACAGAGGCAAGGCAACCACUCUAACUGAUGUGUUUUCCUUUGGCAUUUUCAUUCUUGAGGUUACCUGUGGAAGAAAGGCAAUGACUGAAGACAACCAAAACCGCCAGGUCAUGUUGGUUGAUUGGGUGAUUCAGAACUGGAAUAAAGAUUCACUCCUUGAUGCAGUGGAUACCAAACUCCAAGGUAACUAUGAUAUUGAUGAGGUAUUCCUUGCAUUGAAGUUAGGGUUGCUGUGCUCUCAUCCAUUUCCAGAUGCAAGACCCAACAUGCGGCAAGUUCUGCAGUAUCUCGAGGGUGAUGUGCCACUACCAGAGCUACUACCAGCACACUUCAGCUUUCAUAUGUUGGCCUUAAUGAAGAAUGAAGGACGUUGUGGCUCAUCCAUAGUGUCAUUGUACCCAUCACCAAUGAUGAUGGACGUCGGUUCAAUAUCCUUUUCUCUUGAUGGAAGAACCAAUUCAUUCAGACCAAUUCGAGAGGAGCCAUAUAGCAACACCUUUGGGAUUGGUCAUACAUUCCUAACCACAAGAUGUAAUAGUAUAAGAACUGCCAGGAGAAGUUUUCCACAGCAAUCUCAGUCACCGAGGCCACUACUGUCAGCUACCUACAACCUAUCCACAGUGCUGGAAGAUCCAUCCUACGUUGGCUUCUCGGCAUCAACUGGUCCAAUCAAUUCACUAUAUUGUGUAACUGGCUGGAGCUUGGGCAUAAACCGUCCAGCUCCCUUGAUUGACAUUACCAAGUUGCCAAAGCUGCCUCAUGUUGGCCCAAAACCUCGGUCCAAGUUGCUUGAGAUCAUCCUACCAAUAGCCACAGCCAUAUUCAUCUUCCUUGUUGGAACAACUGUAAUUCAAUUGGUGCGGAGGAGAAUGAAAUAUGCUGAGAUAAAUGAAGAUUGGGAAGCUGAGUUUGGUCCACACCGCUUCUCAUACAAGGAUUUGUUCUAUGCUACAGAUGGAUUUAAGAAUAAGAAUCUACUCGGCCUAGGAGGAUUUGGGAAGGUGUAUAAAGGUCUGCUCUCUGUCUCAAAAUUGGAGGUUGCUGUAAAAAGAGUGUCCCAUGAGUCAAAGCAGGGAAUGAAGGAGUUUGUUGCUGAGAUUCUACUCGGUUAUUGCAGAAGAAAAGGUGAACUCCUAUUGGUAUAUGAAUAUAUGUCAAAUGGCAGUCUUGACAAGUAUUUACAUUGUGAAGAGGGCAAACCCACUCUGAAUUGGGCUCAAAGGUUUCAAAUCAUCAAAGGUGUAGCAUCCGUCCUAUUCUACCUCCAUGAGAGGUGGGAGAAAGUUGUAAUUCAUCGAGAUAUCAAGGCAAGCAAUGUGCUCCUUGACAGUGAGAUGAAUGGACGCCUAGGUGACUUUGGUCUUGCAAGACUGUAUGAUCAUCGCACUGAUCCACAAACAACCCAUGUGGUUGGUACAAUGGGGUAUCUAGCCCCAGAACUGGCACGCACCGGUAAGGCAACCACUCAGACAGAUGUCUAUGCAUUUGGCAUUUUCAUUCUUGAAGUAACCUGCGGGCAAAGGCCUAUCAAUAGUCAUGCAGAUGAUAGUUCCCAGAUCUUGGUUGAUUGGGUUGUUGAGCAUUGGCACAAAGGAUCACUCACAUACACACUUGACAGUAGAUUACAAGGCAACUACAACUCUGAUGAGGUCAGGCUGGCAUUAAAUCUUGGUUUGUUGUGCGCACAUCCAUUUUGCAAUGCAAGGCCUAAUAUGCGUCAAGUCAUACAAUACCUUAACGGUGAGAUGCCACUCCCGGAGCUGAUGCCCACAAACAGAAAUUACGGUGUGUUGGGCCUGAUGCUAAAUGAAGGUUUUGACCAAUAUUCAGCAUUGGCGUCCACAGUUGGCAGCAGUUGCAUGACGUCCAGCCUCUCAAGUGGACGAUGAUAAUAGAUAGAUGCCUUACCCAUGGCCAUAUCAUCUUGCAGUUAGUAAGCCUGAUUAAGUUAUGGUAUGGAAUCUACUGUAAUUCUUAUUCCUAGUGUCAUAAUACUUACCUCAGGGAUUCUGAAGCAGAAAAUAAUCUGUCAAGUCUCUGUUUCUUCCUACUUCAUGGUUUUUAUAUGCUUCGAUGCAAGGCUUAUGCUGUCAGAUCUUGUAUACUGUUGUAGAGUCUGUACAUGUCAACUCUUGUAAAUAGUCUUAAAAUGCUGCACUGCACAAAGGAUACUCUAAUAUAUUGAAGACAACAGUUGACAAUUUGACA